ACACACUUGAGCUGUAACCAUCGCAGAGUCAACAUCUCGUUUAACGUUUCCGAUCAUCAUUUGCACGUUUCGCACUGCCAACUGAGUGAAUUCAAAACUGAACUGAAUUUUUGAACAUCACAAGAAAAUAAGCAACAUAUAAAAUGCACGGAUACCGCACAUACAACAUGGAGAGCCAUCAUCACGAUAGCAAUGCCGUUGACCAGAAGCCUCUGGUCGUCGAUUUGAUUUCCACACAAUACGGCAAACCUCAAACGCCGCCACCUUCCCCAAAUGAGUGCCUGUCUAGUCCGGACAACUCACUGAACGGCAGCCGCAACUCCGAGAUUCCCGCUGAUCCGUCGGUUCGUCGCUACCGAACUGCCUUCACACGUGAUCAGCUGGCGCGUCUCGAGAAGGAGUUCUACAAGGAGAACUAUGUGUCGCGUCCUCGCCGCUGCGAACUCGCCGCCCAACUCAAUCUGCCCGAGUCCACGAUCAAAGUCUGGUUCCAGAACCGUCGCAUGAAGGACAAGCGUCAGCGCAUUGCCGUCGCCUGGCCCUAUGCCGCCGUCUAUUCGGACCCCGCUUUCGCCGCUUCCAUACUGCAAGCGGCUGCCAACAGCGUGGGCAUGCCGUAUCCACCUUAUGCACCAGCUGCCGCUGCCGCCGCCGCCGCCGCUGCUGCCGUCUCGAAUCCAAUGAUGGCCACCGCCAUGCCCACAAUGCCAGUGCCCGGACAUGCGCCCUAUGCCGCCCAGUAUCGCUAUGCGCCGUACCACAUUCCCGCUCGCCCCGCACCGCCAGCACCGCACAUGCAUCCACAUGCCCAUCAGCAUCAGCAUCCGCAUUCGGCUGCCAUGCAAGCCGCCGCUGCGAUGAGCGCCGCCUCCGCCGCCGCCGCUCCCAUGGCCUAUCCGGCUGCGAUGUUGGGUGCCGCUGCCGCCGCUGGCAUGCCGCCCAGCUAUGCGGGUCAGCUGCAGGUGCCCAAGACACAGACGCCCCCACUGGAUCUGCAAUCGUCGUCGUCGCCGCACUCCUCCACGCUGUCGCUCAGUCCCGUUGGCUCCGAUCACACCAAAGUCUUUGAUCGCAGUCUCAGCCCGCUGCGCAGCUCGCUGUUGCCCCCAGCGCCACACAGCAGCAUGACAACGACAACCACGACCAGCCCGCUGCCCGCUCCUGGCCUGCUCAUGCCCAGCGCCAAGCGUCCAGCUUCAGCGAUGUCGCCGCCACCCGCAACCACAGUCAUCGCUGAGCCCAAGCCGAAGCUGUUUAAGCCCUACAAGACUGAGGCGUAGGCGCCUAAUUCCCUGCUUCCCUUACCCCCUCAUCUCCUCAUGGAUUGUACAAAUUAGCAUUAAUUGUUGACCGAUCCCCGCGUUCAUUCUCUCAGUGUGUAGAAUCACAUUCACAUUUAUUUAUCCGUUGUAU